AUGUCCAAGACAGCCAGGGACAGUGCGACAGAGCUCCGAAAAGCAUCCAAGCGGAAACCUGAGGACGAACGUGAGCCUGGAUCACCUCCCAAAAAGUCAAAGAAACUCCAUGGCUCCUCAUCACAACGGCGAAAGGUCGAGACACCAUCAAAACCCGCCUCCACCGCCGUUCCAGCAAAGGACCGUUCAGUCAAUAUCGACUCAGGCAUAGCCGAACGCGACCCAUCACUACUUGCCGACCUAUUCGCCCAGAAGAUCGCCAAGCACUACAAGGAUAGUUCCUUGAUUGAGCGGGAGGACAUGAGCGUUCCCAAAUCUUGGAUCAUCGACACAACGGAAUUCGAUCAGCCGCACACCGCCGGUCACCUUCCAGGAUACCUUGAGAAGUUCGCGGGAGGUGGAAGGGACAAGCUGUUGACAGGCGCGAAAGAAGCGUCACCAGACACCUUGAUUGUUGCAUGUUCAGGCAUUCGUGUGGCGGACCUCGUUCGAGAGCUUCGUGUCUAUGACACCAAGGACAGCAAAGUGGCGAAGCUGAUUGCCAAGCAUAUGAAGUUGAAGGAGAAUAUCGAGUAUCUGGCCAAGACUAAGGUCGGGAUUGCGGUGGGAACGCCAGCGAGGUUGUACGACUUAGUGGAGCAGGGAGGACUGAAGAUAGACGAGCUUAAGACGGUGGUGGUCGAUGGAAGUUAUCUGGACGAGAAGAGGAGGGGAAUAUGGGAUAUGGGAGAUGUCUUUGGGGCUUUGAUGAGGCUGUUACACCACGAGAGGGUGAAGGGGAGGUUAGAGAGCGAGGAUGGUGCGAAAGUUGUGGUCUUCUGA